CGUUCAGAAGUGAACUUCAGGUGACUGUGAUCAGAUGUGGAAGGGUAGAAUGUGUUGUGCUCGUUCUGCAGUACGCUUGUGAAAUAAAGAAACAACCUUGGAAGCUUCGUUCGUUUGAAAUUUCUAAUUAUCGCACCUCCGUGAGUUGUUCCGCGACGAAAUUAUUGUGAGGUCAAUAAAAGAGGUAAAAAGUAGCGAAUUCUGCAGAUACGAUUUUUAUCUCGGGCUGAUACUACGAUAAAAAGUGACUACGAUUUUGCAUCGCAAGUAAAGUUUUUGUGUUGAGAAUUCUAUAAUGCUGAUGCGGUGGCCGCGAGAAAAGAUAUCUAUGUGUUGGUGACUAUCGUGUCGAGGCAAAGCUGAUGCACUUCACCUCCAGACAGGAGUUGACCAAUAUAUUUUAUUGGAUUUUGAAACCCGAACUGGGCGAUUCGAAGCCAAAAACGGAAAGCGAUAAAACAUCUGCGCUCUUCAAUUGGAGUAUAUAUUAGUUAGUCGUAAUAUGUCGAAUUGAAAAUAUGUUUGCCACUUUUUACAAGGCACGGAAUGAUGUCAUAAUUUUGACCCGAGCUUGGUAUGUGCUGCAUUAUUCGGAAUAAUUAACGUUGAAAUAAGUGUGUAAAACGAUCUAAUUGGUAACAAAAUGCAGUAACCAGUUUUUUCUCGUUGAUUGGAAUAUUAAAAUUAUGCUUCAACGGCAAAGAAAAUAGAAUGAAAAGUGGACCAACCUAAUGUGUGAAUCUUUUUAGAAGUUUCGUGUCUAGUGUGCUUUUAUUACACUUUCCACUUUGAUAUGCUGUUUCGGCAUUGGUGUCUUGUGCUUUGACUACAGUUUUUUUUAUACAAGUCCCAAGUAUUCUAUAUGUAUUAGAUGUAAACAAACACUGAAUGUUUGUGUGCGUCGACAAAGUGUGUUGAAAGGAGUUUUACACUUUUGUCGCUAAAGAGUGUGAGUGUCCCAAUCCAAAUAAGUAACAAACAAGGACCAGUUCGAGAUCAAAACAAAGUCUGAAAAAUGCUGCCUUGUAUGAUAGUCGCCAGAAGUGAACUCCAGCGAAUGGAACUCAACCCACCGAGAAAGUCCACUCUACACGAAGCUGUGUAAAAUGGCUGCCGUCGUUUCGAAACCAAUAUUUAUCACUGUCGCCAACGCAGAGCUCAUAUCGGUACUUGGCAGCAAGCUGCUUUAAGUAACUGGAAAGUAAUAGUUGACACAACUGCAAAGUUGUAUAUCUAUGGCCACUUGUGUGCUUUACUUCCGGGUAUUGGACUAUUAAAACAGAAAUGCUCGGAUAGUAAUGCCUACAUUGAAUGGAUGAGAAAUAAAUCCGCGCCAAGCUAAACGCAACCACAUCAUCGUCUGAUUUCGAUGCACCACAGACCAUCUGAGGGAUUGUUUGUCGUGAUUAGCAAAACCUUCUGGCUGCGCUAAGCUAUGGAUGAUGAAAUCCUGAAGACGGUGGAAUCUAUGCUGGGCGCUAACAUUCAAGUGGUGGACUGCGAGAAAACACAGACGAUCAGAGAGGAAGAAGUACUGCUUAUUAAUGGCGUGCCCGUUACACUGGAAGGGUCCGAUGGCAAUGCCAUCAAGAAAGCCCUUAUAGCUGGCGAAAUUCCCUCGUGCGAAAUGCUCAAUCAAUUACUUUUUCGAGCCGGCGUCUUACGACAACCUGUGCAACUUGAAACAUCUUUGAGUGUUAAAACUAGUACUGUUACGACCGAGGACAUCACGAUUGCCCGAAAUGGUCGUGUACUGGACGAACGAUCCUGUGAGACGAAAGAGAAUAAUUACUACACCAGCACUUCUAGUGAAAUCUGGGAGCCGGUUAGCAGGCUUAAGAAGAAAAAGCAACAGGAAAUUAUUAACACUGCCACAGUGGAAGAUAUGCUUUCCAACCAGCUCAAAAACGGAUUGUACUUAGUAACAAAUGAGUCUUCCACCGAAAACGCUCAUAACCAUCCAAUACGCCAAAGCUCAACUUGUACUGAAUCGUCCACAUCUUCAUCUGCCGAGUCCAACUAUUCGUCAUCCAGACCCGUUAGUAAUGUUUCGAACACUUCGUAUGACAACUUCGUUUGUCAGAUAACGCCUAUGCACCAAAAAGCAAAAGACUCAAACAAAUCGUACACCAAGAUAUCAUCAAACAAGCAAAGUAUAAGCUGUGAUUCCGGAAACGACGAGGUUACACUCACUUCAGUCUACAGUAGUGGUAUUGGCGGUGGUCAUGAGUAUUAUCCCUUCAGUGACAUCUCCAAAACUAACACUACCAACUCAAUGCAGACCGAUUCAUCCCUUGGGUGUGAAUUUUCACCACCAACUUCAUUCCAUGACGUGCCAGAUUUCGCCGCCAUUCCGCAGAGCGGUUGCGCAAAGUCGACAACUCCGCAUAAGAAACGCAACCGUACGCUGCUGCGAAGCAGACCGCAGAAACACGUGCCAAAGAAUCAUGACGCUAGCGCGAGUGGAACCGAUGAUCCCAGUCUCAACGAUGACAACUGUCUGGUGUAUCGGGAUGGGAAUCUUAUUUCCGGCACGCUAGAAACGCUUAUCAAGCAUAUGGUGCCAACGGAUGAGUACUAUCCGGACCAGUCGUAUCUAUUCGCAUUUCUGUUAAGUGCACGACUGUUUAUUAAACCGCACGAGCUUCUCCAACAAAUAUGUGAUAUUUGCCAUCAACAGCAACAGCUUAAUGUUCAUCUAAGCAACAACAACAAUGGUGUCGCUACCCAGCAAAAGGCACAGAGCCUCGGGCGUUUUGCGUGCAACUUCAUCCAGUUGCUGUCUGAAUGGAUCGAAACCUUUCCCUAUGACUUCCGUGAUGAACGAGUGAUGCAACAUGUACGCGCAAUGACCCAGAAGUGUAUUUCUAUCGAUGGCAAACUGCGAACGGAUGUUUCAACCUUGCUGCAAAACCUUCUGCAAAGGUUAAAAACGUUGGAAAAGUAUGAAGAAUUUCUAGACAAAAUUGUUCUUGAGGGUAGCAAAGAAUUGGAUACCAAACAUCAGCGAGCAGAUUCUCGGAACAGCAGCAACAGUUUUCAUCAAGCCACCGAAAAAUCGUGCUCUUCGAUACACCAUCAAACGUCCUCUUCGACAUCGUCGGUCAACAGCAUCUCGUCAAUCAGCUCAACUCUUUCGACCCCGGACAUUACAGAUCUGUGUCCAAGUACAUCAGUGUUAGCACAUCAGCUGACUCACAUUGAACUCGAACGACUGUCCUACAUAGGACCGGAAGAAUUUGUACAAGCCUUUGCCAAGGAGAAUCCAAAUGUAGAGACAUCCAUAAAGGACAUGAAAAAGACUCGUAAUCUCGAAUCGUACGUACAAUGGUUCAAUAGGCUAUCCUAUAUUGUGGCGACCGAGGUAUGCAAACAUUCUAAGAAAAAGCAGCGGGCUAGAGUGAUCGAAUUUUGGAUUGAAACAGCUCGAGAAUCGUUCAACAUUGGAAACUUCAACACGCUAAUGGCGAUAAUCGCUGGACUAAAUUUAUCGCCAAUUACUCGACUAAAGAAAACGUGGGCAAAGAUUCAGUCCGCCAAAUUUUCCAUUUUGGAGCACCAAAUGGAUCCAACAAGCAAUUUUAGUAGCUACCGAUCAACGCUCAAAGCUGCAAUGUGGCGCUCGGAAGGAGCUACAGAUGAACGGCAGCGAAUCGUCAUUCCAUUUUUUAGCUUACUAGUCAAGGAUCUGUACUUCCUAAACGAAGGGUGUACCAACAAAUUACCCAAUGGCCAUAUAAAUUUUGAAAAGUUUUGGCAGCUGGCCAAGCAGGUUAACGAAUUUAUUGGAUGGAAGCAAGUCACGUGCCCUUACGAGAAAAACAACAAAAUUAUCAUGUUUCUGCAAACGAACAGUAUUCUGAACGAAAAUACAUUAGCCAUGGCGUCAUUCGAUUGUGAACCACCCGAAAACAGUAGCGAAAAGGAUCGCUACAAAAGUUUGAAGCACGAACAUUACAACAACUAAAUUAAGCCAAACACACAAAAUAAUGCGAACUUGCGUGGAUAUACUAAGUUCUGCACAACUCCUAAACCUAACCUACUGUAUUUUACAACAACAACACAUAGUAUUCGAAAGAGAUCUACUUAUCCAAACAAAAACUCAAAUACACAAAAAAUCACGGAGCGGAGAAAUCUCUCAUUUGACACUGCAUUUACUGAUUAAAGAUUUUUUAGAUAUUUUAUACUUACGAACUUUUUAGAAUUAAGCUAACGUCUAGUUCAUAAAUAAUGCAUGUUUGUAAAACAUGCAGCGUCACUGUGGAAACAAGAACGAAGGUUAGAAGAUAAUAUUGUAUCAGUAACAAGUGUGGUACGAAAAAUCGUACGCGUAGAUAACAUAUUUAAAUAUUUUGCAAUUAGUUUCUUUAUUUCACCCAGUGAAGUUUUAGGCAGCCUUCAGACGUAUUUCAGAAAUAUGGAAGAAAGGCAGAAAAUCCCUAAUGACAGCAGACUAUUGUGAUUAAUUUUGUUCGAUUGUCGGCGCGCUAGAACUUAAGUAUUUAUUUCAUUGUUGUUUUUAUGAUUUGAUAGCUUUUAUUUCGCUUUGUUUUUUUGUUUGUAUUGUACGAAUAUAUUUAUGUUCCAUCAAAGUUCACGCUUUAAUUUUAGUUGUGAGGAAUCCAAUUGCUAAAAUCUACUAAGUCAUAAAAAAGGUAUUAUGUUCAAAUAAACCAUGUCGGUAGCAACAUGAAGGAAACACAAUUAAUCAGUAACAAA